AACCACUCGCUCUACUUCCUCUCCUCCCCUAGUAGGAGCCUGAGCAGCAGCGGCUACGCCUCCAACAAGGAGAAGGAGAUGGUCACCAGGGAGUGACUCCACCACCAUGGUGAGCUGUCUGCACAUCCUGGCGCACACUCUGGACACCAGGACGGUGAUGAAGUCGGGCUCAGAGAUGGUGCGGCUCGGCUUGAGGACGUUCUUCGAGAACGCCGCAGAGGACCUGGAGAAGACGUUCGAGAACCUGAAGCUGGGGAAGUUCACUCACUCCCGCUCGCAGAUGAAAGGGGUUUCGCAGAACAUCAACUACACCACCGUGGCUCUGCUCCCCAUCCUAACCGCUCUGUUCGAGCACAUCACUCAGCACCACUUUGGAGUGGACCUGCUGUUGGAUGAUGUCCAAGUGUCCUGCUAUCGAAUUCUCACCAGCCUCUAUGCACUGGGCACUGGAAAAAACAUCUACGUAGAAAGACAGCUGCCUGCUCUCGGUCACUGUCUGGCCACCCUGGCUGGGGCCAUGCCUGUGGCCUUCUUGGAGCCUAUGCUCAACAAUUACAACCCCUGCUCGGUUUUUAAUACCAAGAGUGCCCGAGAACGAGCCAUCUUAGGUAUACCAGACUCGGUGGAGGACAUGUGUCCCGGGAUGCCGCGCCUGGAAGGCCUGAUAAAGGAUAUCAAUGACAUGGCUGAGUCGGGGGCGCGGUACACAGAGAUGCCUCACGUCAUCGAGGUGGUGCUGCCCAUGCUCUGCAACUAUCUGUCCUACUGGUGGGAGAGGGGCCCCGAGAAUCAGCCGGCCAGCGGGGGCAGUGUCUGUUGCACCACCGUCACCUCGGAGCACCUCAGCCUCAUCCUGGGCAACAUCCUCAAGAUCCUCAACAACAAUCUGGGCAUAGAUGAGGCCUCGUGGAUGAAGAGGAUCGCAGUGUACGUGCAGCCCAUCAUCAGCAAGGCCCGUGCUGACCUGCUGAAGAGCCACUUCCUGCCCACGCUGGAGAAGCUGAAGAAGAAGACGGUGAAGGUGGUGGCUGAGGAGGAGCUGCUGAAGGCCGACAGUAAGGGAGACACCCAGGAGGCCGAGCUGCUCAUCCUGGACGAGUUUGCCAUCCUCUGCAGGGACCUGUACGCCUUCUACCCCAUGCUCAUCCGCUACGUGGACAACAACAGGUCCAGGUGGCUGAAAGAACCAGACGCUGACUCCAAUGAGCUGUUCAGAAUGGUGGCUGAGAUUUUCAUCCUCUGGUGCAAGUCACAUAAUUUCAAAAGAGAGGAGCAGAACUUUGUGGUUCAGAAUGAAAUUAACAACCUUUCCUUCUUGACUGGAGAUAAUAAAACAAAGAUGUCAAAGUCUGGAGGACAAGACCAGGAGAGGAAACAUAAGAAAAGGCGAGGUGAGUUCUACUCUAUCCAAACCUCGCUGAUCGUAGCUGCCUUGAAGAAGAUGCUGCCAAUCGGCCUCAACAUGUGCACGCCGGGGGACCAGGAGCUCAUAUCUCUGGCCAAGACUCGCUACCUCCUGAGAGAGACAGAUGAUGAGGUCAAAGACCACAUCCAUCAGAAUCUGCAUCUCAGAGAAAAGUCGGAGGACCCUGCAGUGAGGUGGCAGCUAAACCUCUACAAGGAUAUAGUGAUGAGGAGCGAGGGCCCUCCUAACCCUGAGAGGGUGGUGGACCGGAUCCAGAGGAUCUCUGCUGCGGUCUUCAACCUGGAGCAGGUGGAGCAGCCCCUGAGAUCCAAAAAGUGUGUUUGGCAGAAGCUACUGUCCAAGCAGAGGAAGCGAGCGGUUGUGGCCUGCUUCCGCAUGGCUCCACUCUAUAAUCUACCAAGGCACAAAAAUAAUAAUUACUUCCUGAAUGCCUACCGACAUAUGUGGCUGGAGAUAAUGCAUGAGAACGCAGACAAUGACAGUCUGCUCUCCAUGCUGACGGUAACGUAG